GCAGAGGCUGCAGUUUCCCAGUGCGGACUCUGGGCGCCGCUGUUGGCCAAAGUAGAGAGCUUGGCGCUCGCGAUCUUCUCGCGCAGCCGCAGCGCGCUUGCCUGGGCAGCCCUAUCCGACCUGCCAGCGCCAGCCUUUCCACCGCUUCUUCCUGGGAAAAAGAAUCUUUUCAUGGACCGGAACUGGAACUAAAGUCCAUUCGGAACUCCAAGUAUUGGCCACACAGAGCUUAUUCGUAAUCCGGAGUCCACAGGCUGGUAAGCAAGCUGAGGGGAGCAAGAAGGAUGGGGAGCGGCGCUGCGGAAAGGAGCCGGGCCGAGAGGCGGCCAGUGCUCCUUCCCUUCCUGCUGUCUUUGUUCUGCCCGGCGAUCUCUGAGCCGAUCCGCUACAAGAUCCCCGAGGAAAUGCCCACGGGCUCGGUGGUGGGGAACCUCGCCAAGGACCUGGAGUUCAGCAUCCACGAGUUACCGAGUCGAAAACUCCGCAUCAGUUCGGAGAAGCCUUACUUCACGGUGAGCGCAGAGAGCGGGGAGUUGCUUGUGAGCAGCAGGCUGGACAGGGAGCAGAUAUGUGGGAAGAAGCCAGCUUGUGCUCUGGAAUUUGAAGCUGUGGCUGAAAACCCAUUGAACUUUUACCACGUGAAUGUGGAGAUCGAGGACGUUAACGACCACGCGCCAAAAUUCGCGCAUGCCUCCUUUGAGCUGCAAAUAAGCGAGUCUACAAAGCCCGGGGCACGAUUUAUCUUAGGAUCUGCCCACGAUGCAGAUAUUGGAACCAACUCACUUCAGAAUUAUCAGCUCAGUCCCAAUGAUCAUUUCUCACUUGUGAAUAAAGAGAAAUCAGAUGGCAGUAAGUACCCUGAAAUGGUAUUGAAGACACCCUUAGACCGCGAAAAGCAGAAUUCCUACCACUUGACCUUGACUGCCUUGGACUUUGGCGAUCCACCCCUCAGCAGCACUGCACAGAUACAGGUCCUAGUGACUGAUGCCAAUGAUAACCCUCCAGUGUUCCGCCAAGACAUAUACAGGGUGAGCCUUAAAGAAAAUGUGUUCCCAGGAACCACUGUGCUUCAGGUGACUGCCACAGACCAGGAUGAAGGUGUCAAUUCUGAGAUCACUUUCUCUUUCAGUGAAGUUGUUCACAUCACACAGUUUGACCUGAAUUCUAGUACUGGGGAAAUUACUACCCUAAAAAUGUUAGAUUUUGAAGAAGUCAAAGAAUAUUCCAUUGUUUUGGAAGCAAGGGAUGGUGGAGGAAUGAUUGCACAAUGUACAGUGGAGAUAGAAGUCCUAGAUGAAAAUGACAAUGUCCCAGAAGUGAUAUUCCAAUCUCUACCUGACCUAGUUAUGGAAGAUGCAGAGCUAGGAACACACAUUGCUUUACUUAAAAUCCAUGAUAAGGAUUCUGGAUCCAACGGAGAGGUUACUUGUAAAUUAGAGGGUGAGGUUCCGUUUAAAAUACUCGCUUAUUCAAGAAACACAUAUAAAUUAGUGACGGAUGGGAUUCUAGAUCGCGAAGAGAACCCAGAGUACAACGUCACCAUCACAGCCACUGACCAGGGUAAGCCGCCCCUCUGUUCCAGCGCAAGUGUAAUCCUGCAUAUUGGUGAUGUAAAUGAUAAUGCUCCGGUUUUCAACCAGGCCUCUUAUGUGGUUCACGUGGCCGAGAACAACCCGCCUGGAGUCUCUAUUUCCCAGGUCAGCGCCUUUGACCCUGACUUGGGGCCCAACGGACAAGUCUCCUACUCCAUCAUAGCCAGCGACCUAGAGCCUCGGGUGCUGUGGUCCUACGUGUCCGUGAGCGCGCACAGCGGGGUGGUGUUCGCGCAGCGCGCCUUCGACCACGAGCAGCUUCGCUCUUUCCAGCUGACGCUGCAGGCCCGCGACCAGGGCUCACCCGCGCUCAGCGCCAACGUGAGCCUGCGCGUGAUGGUGGGGGACCGCAAUGACAACGCGCCAAGGGUGUUGUACCCCUCACUGGAGCCUGACGGUUCCGCGCUCUUCGAUAUGGUGCCGCGAGCCGCUGAGCCCGGGUACCUGGUCACCAAAGUGGUGGCGGUGGACGCCGACUCAGGGCAUAAUGCCUGGCUAUCCUAUCACGUACUGCAGGCCAGCGAUCCCGGGCUUUUCAGCUUGGGGCUGCGCACUGGCGAGGUUCGGACCACUCGCGCCUUGGGUGACAGAGAUGCGACUCGUCAGCGCCUACUGGUCGCUGUGAGUGAUGGCGGACGGCCGCCCCUCUCAGCCACUGCCACGCUGCACCUUGUCUUCGCUGAUAGUCUACAGGAGGCACUUCCAGACCUCAGUGAGAACCCUGUGCCCUCUGAUCCUCAAGCCGAGCUUCAGUUUUACCUGGUAGUCGCUUUGGCCUUGAUCUCAGUGCUCUUUCUCCUGGCGGUGACUCUAGCUAUUGCCUUGCGUUUGCGACACUCCUCCAGCACCAAGUCUUGGGGCUGCUUUCAGCCUGGCUCCUGUUCUAGGUCUGGACCUGUGGUUCACCCCAACUACAGCGAGGGAACUUUGCCCUAUUCCUACAAUGUGUGUGUUGCAAACUCGGGGAAGACGCAGUUCGAUUUCCUAAAAUGUAGUGAGCAGUUGAGUUCAGGACAAGACCCACUUUGCGGUGAUUCAUGCGGCGUCUUGUUUCCACUUUGUAAUCCCAGUGAGUCAACUUCCCAUCAGGUGAGUCUCCUUUAAACAUAACUUCAUUUUCUUUUGCUACACAGUUCUGCAUAUUCACAGGAAAAAUUUCAGAUCUGGUGCGUUAUCUUAAGGAUAGCUAACCCCAGAUGUAACUAAGUGGAGGAGCACUUGGUGGAGACUCCUGAGGCCCUGGGUUCAAUCCCUAACA